UUCAGUUCGCAAGUCAACACUGUAACCACUGAGCCAAACCGUCCAGGGUAGGAAUUCUUGAAAAUACAAACAAACAAACCAACAACAGGAAAACAAACACAAAACAAUAAUGAUACUUCCCAUCUGACCUCUCACCUUUUCACAGACCUUCCUUUCCACAGUGCAGGCCAUAGGCAAUGUGGAAAGUGUGGAGUGGCCGAGUGACCUGGAGUCAGGCGGGCCUAUUCCAGAAAGGCUUCCAUCUCCAUCUGGCCUCAGCCCUGGAGAGGCCAUCUUGCUUGGUUUCAUUCAUUCAUUCAUUCAUUCAUUCUCCAUCAAAUGCAUAUUGAGCUCCUACUGUGUGUCAGGACCACAUCCUCUUCCUUGAUUAUGUACAGAACUCACACCAUUCCUCACAAUCCAGUCUCCUCUACCUUUUCCAGUUAUUCAUAUUGCUUAGCCUCAAUCCCACCUGUUGCAGUGUCUGUUCAUUUCCUCUGACUCUGUUUUCGGUGGAAAGGGGGGCAGUUGCUCUCGACUCACCUUGAGUCUGUUAUGAGCCUCCUCGGGCUGCAGUAUUUGCCUUUCAAUAAACCCAGCUUUUCUGCUCUGCCCUAUGGAGGCUGACUGUGUCUUCCCAGGGCCGGUCCCUCCGAAAGCCUGUUGCUAGCAGGGCCGGGCAGUGCCAGGCAGGACAUACAGCAGUGCCGGCUGGAGAGUUAUGGCCCACAUGGUGUGGAAACCUGAUACGGGCGGCUAGUGCUGGGGUGUCUGGUUGGUCAUGGCGGGUGAGAGAGAGCUUUCAAAACACACCGUCCAGGGUUUGGAGCCCUGGAAUGCACAGUCUGUUUCCCUGUCCACCCUGCCCCCUUGACAGCUGCUGAUUCCCAGGCUUGGGAGACCCAGUGUGUGUAGCCCCUUCCCCAGAGACAUCCCAGCUUAGACACCCGGGGGAGAUGUGGGCUCCUCCAAAGUGAGACUUGAAUCAGCUGUGGGUUAAGCCUGGGGUGGUCCCUCCAUCCUCACAGAAGCCACCUUUUUGGAGAGACUUUUCUGGAGCCUGAGCUGAAGCUGGAUGAACUCUGGGAACGAGUUGGUAUUAGUCAGGGCUCCUGGUUAGAAGCAGCAGAGCCAAAGCUCUAAUUUAAGGAUUUUGGGAAGCGCAUGGACUUUACACCAAGGCUGGUAAACCAGGCUUGGAAAAUGGGAAUAAAAGGAGAAGUUGCAGCCAGAACAGAGGCCAAAAUCACAACCCAGCGCUGGUCUGGCGGGGACCCUGAUGCUGGGUUGUACCCCGACGCUGGCAGCUCUGGCUGCGGGGUGCUGCUGCCAGUGUCCUCAUCAGCAUUGCCCCAGACACUGGGUAUGGCUGCAACUUCCUCUUUUGCCACAAAUGUUUUCCUUGUUCUCCUUUUUACAUCACUAGUUCCCUAACCCUUUUCAGGCUUUGGUGAUCAGAUGGGCUUUGCCCAGGCUCCGAGGGCAAAUAUCUGGUGUCUUCAGCUUUGCUAGUCAGAGAUGAGCCUUGUCUCCCACGCCUUGUUGAUGGGAGCGUCCCAAACAUAGGAAGACACGGGGUGGUUAACAUGGACAAACACACAUGGAAGGGUCCUGGAGUGAACGCCAGGUGGUGGACGUUAUGCAUGGGUUUGUCUGAGGGUAGCAUCACUCAUCGACUAAAGUUUAUUAGGCACCAACCCUGUGCCAAGUGGCGGGCAAGGUGGUUUCCGAUCCUUGAAGCCCUCUGGUCCCCAUUGGGAGAUUGUGGCGAUUUGGAGAGUUCAGGUAGCAGAGUACGGGGCUUGGAGCUCAUGCCGAGACUACUGGAGGUGAAGCGGACACUAUACAUUUCUGGGGAGACAAGCCAAAGGGGCCUCACCAGGGAGUGUCCCUGUGGGAAAUGGGAACUGGGACAGCAACGAGGUCACCCUCCUGCCACCCUCCUUUCCUCCCCUCUUUCUUCCAUGCGGCAUGACAACUUGGCCUUCAGCUCAGGGAAUGCAGAAAUGCCCUUCUCACUGAGCUUGGUCCCUACUCAGAGAACCCUCUCUUCUUUGGGGGUGUCCCCAACAUUUCAGGGUCUAUCCAGGUACUUUCCCCCUGUAGCUUUUCCACAGGCACCUCUACCUACCUUGGCAUGGGCUGAUGAAGCGCUUACCUUGCCAAGGGUCCAGAUGGUACUCAGUACUGAUGGCUGAAACCUUUUGCCUCUCCCUGCAGCCGUUAAGCACAACUGGCGUCACGAGCUCCUCUUCCACCACUUCCAACAGGUCAAGGAAUCGGUCUCGUUAUCGGACCAAAGCUGUGAGCUGCGAGGUAGACGAAAGCCUCUUCGGAGGUAACAAGCCCGCGGCCCAGAGCGACAGCCCCAUCGUGCUGCUCCGAGAUAAGCAUGCCAUUGAGAAAACUUUCUCUGCUCUGGCCUUGGAGCACAAGCCCAAGACCAUCCGGCACAUCACCCGGGACCUGAUCCGAGAACUCAUCAUUCCCACAGAGGACCCCUCCGGGGAGUCCCUUAUCAUGAGUCCCGAAGAGUUUGAGCGGAUUAAAUGGGCAUCCCAAGUGCUGACCAAAGAAGAACUCGAGGGCAGGGCGCAGGCCUCCAAGAAGGAGAAGGAAGCCGCCUUGGAUGCAGUCACCACACGCAAGAAGGUCAUGAAACAGAAGGAAAUGAUUUGGAUGAAGAACAAGAAGCUCUAUGACCUAGAGGAGGAGGCCAAGGAGAGGGCCCAGAACCUUCUGCAGAGAACCAACAAGCUGCGGAUAGAGCAGGAGGAGGAGCUCAGGGACAUGAGCAAGAUCAUCCUUAAUGCCAAGUGCCAUGCCAUCCGGGAUGCCCAGAUCCUGGAGAAAAGGCUGAUUCAGAAAGAACUGGAUGCAGAGGAGAAGCGGUUGGAUCAGAUGAUGGAGACGGAAUGGCAGAAAUCCCUUCAAAGGCAGGAGGAUCUUUUCAAGAAGAGGAGAGAGGAAAGAAUCCGAGGAAAACGGCACAUUAUGCAACAGAUGCAAAAGAAGCAGGAGGAGCGAUCGCUGUUUGCGGAGCAGCAGGAGCAGGAGAAGGAGCAGAUGCUGGAAUACAUGGAGCAGCUCCAAGAGGAGGACCUCAGGGACAUGGAACGAAGGCACCAGGAGAAACUGAAGUUGCAAGCUGAGAUUAAGCGCAUCAACGAUGAGAGCCAGAGACAGAAAGCAGAGCUGCAGGCUCAGGAGAAGCUGGCAGACCAGAUGGUGAUGGAGUUCACCAAGAAGAAGAUGGCUCGAGAAGCAGAGUUUGAGGCUGAGCAGGAGAGAAUCAGGAGGGAGAAAGAGAAGGAGAUCGCCCGCAUGAGGGUCAUGCAAGAAAAGGUCCAGGAUUACCUGGCAGAACAGGAUACCUUGCGGGCAAAGCGCAACCAAGAGGUUGCAGACAGAGAGUGGCGCAGAAAGGAAAAGGAAAAUGCGCAGAAGAAGGUGGAAACAGAGGCCAAACUGAGGAAAACUCGAAUGGAGCAGGUGGCGUUCAAGGAGCACACUCUGGCAGUUCAGGUGCAACGGGACCGGGAUGAAUUCGCCAGGAUCCUUCGGGCUCAGAGGGAGCAGAUUGAGAAGGAGAGGCUGGUGGAGGAGAAGAGGGCGGCGGAACGCAUGCAGCACGCCCAGGAGCUGCGGCGCCAGGUGCGCGAGAACCAGCAGAAGCUGGUGCAGGACCGCAUCGCCACCUUCGAGGAGGGCCGGCGCCUCAAGGAGGAGGCCCAGCGGCGCAGCGAGCGCAUCAAUGACGUCAAGAAGAAGAAGAUCGAAGAGCUGAGGGCCACCGGCCUCCCUGAGAAGUACUGCAUCGAAGCUGAGCGCAAAGCCAACAUCCUGCCCGCCACCUCUGUGAGCUGAGGGUGCCCCCAGCUACUCUGGAUGCCUCCAGGGGGAGGUUCCGCCCAGGCCCUGGGUGUCCGUGACUGCCGCUAACCUAGACGUUUAGUAGUUACAGAUUAAAUCUAUUCUACUCUAA